GUGUUAUGAAAUCGCACACACACGUGAGUUUGUAAACAACUGUGAGUGGGGGAGGAAGGCCAUUCUUCCAGCUCAAUGAUAUGAAGCCCCGCUACUUUCCCUUGGCAGUGUUUGCCAGCUUACUGUGUCUAAGUCAAAGCUACACCCUGCGGAGCUCCGUGUCCUGGGUCGUGUCUUCCAACAAUGUGGAUGUAGAGGACGCGGACCUGUCAGAGGAGGUCGCCCCGGCGUUGUUGGUGGACGGUGCGGGACUGUGGAAAGCCAACGUCCUGGGAAACAGCUUGGAGACUGUCGGAGAACAGGUCAAGCCCGAAAGCGACAAUAUUGCGCAGCUCUCCUCUCGUCUGUUCUCAUAUCGUUUGGAGAAGGCAAAGAAGUCUGGCAGCUCUCCUCCUCCGCACCAGGAGACCGCUAGGACCGCCAGAUACAUCGCUCACUACAGUGACUGGGGGCAUCUGGCCACCAUCUCAACUCUAGACAAGAUCAAAGGUCUGCCCUUUGGGAACAUCUUCUCAGUCAGUGAUGGACCACUGGACAACAGCACUGGAGUGAUCUAUUUUUAUGUGACUCCAAUGGACAACACUGUGGCAGACCUGAAAAGUAACCCCUAUGCUUCUCUCACCUUCUCAGAGGCUGAAGGAGACUUCUGCAGGCAAAUGGUGUAUGAUCCUGAGGAUCCCAGAUGUGCUAGGCUCACUCUAACAGGCAAGAUGAUGGAGGUGGCCCCAGAGGAGCUUGCUUUUGCAAAGGAGGCAAUGUUCUCAAGACAUCCAGUGAUGGCAAAGUGGCCAGUGGGACACAAGUGGUUCUUCAUGAAGAUGGAUUUGAUUCAAAUUUGGCUACAAGACUGGACUGGGGGAGUAUCACUCAUUCCACUAGAGGACUACUUCAAAGCUAUGCCCUUCUAAGGGCCCCUCAUAUCGCUUCAUCAGACUACAAAUGCAAAUCAUUUCAGUUGUCUGUACUACAAAUAAAACUCAAAGAGGCGAGAGCUAACAAAGACGGAAGGUAUAAUGUUUUUUAAUUUUUAUUUUUAAAUAUUUUUUGUUUGAAAUGGUGCAAGUAAAUGUUGUUGUCACCUACUCCUGUUCUAAGCUUUUCUUGUCACACAGAAUGAGUUUUACUUUCAUCAAUUAAUCACUGAUAACUGUUUAAACCGAAUGGUCAUAUGUAAACUGUUUUAUGGGCUUGCACCAAGAUUUGUGAACUAAUCAGUAAAAUUCAAAAACAAAUUUUUUUUUUUUUCAUUUUUAAGAAAAGAAAUUGAAUAAAGACAAAGUUAUUAAUGAACAUUGCUCAGAUCAACUUGAAAAUAUGGCCACUAAAUGAUGCAUUGCUACAUGUGAAGAAGUCACUUGGUGGAAAAGUAAAUGCUGGCCACUGUUAACCCUUCAAGCCAUUUCUGCCCUUAUCAGGGCUGAAAAAAAUCAAUGAAACAGGUCUCCUUCUAGGGUGUUUUUGCAACUGUUGCUCAAACACCCUAGAGGGAUUUUAAAUCUUGGUCUUUGAGGGCUAGUGGUCCUGCAGGUUUUAGAAGUUUCCCAGCUGCAACACACCUGACUCAGACCUCGAUGCACCAGCUGAUUGCUUGGUUUGCAUGAAGUGAAAACUCUGCUGACCUGGCGAGCCACUCGGUCGCCCGGGUGAGAAAUGGUGCGGACCCAUACUUCCCCUAUUGAACAUAAAUUAAUUAGAUAGUGAAAAAUAAUGAUGAAGUUCAAAUUGAUUAAACACUGAGCCUGGUUUUGUCCAGUAGGUAAUCUGCUAACAUUGAUUGAGGAUUGGAUGUAUUUGCUUAAUUACUUACUGUAUAAAUAAACACAUUUCAUAAGCAAGGGGUGCUGGCCAAAA